GCUUUAUCCGAGCAAAAACAUAUGAGCUGAAGUGAAGAUCAAGGAUGUCAGGAAACGAUCCGUAUGGCAAUUCAUGGGCCGAUCAGUGGGACCACAAUCCAGAUCCGAUGCCGGUGUCUACGAAGAAAACAGGCGGAGGGAUUGGGAAGAAGGUUGGAGAUGGGUUCAGGAAGACAAAAGUGGUGGCUGCCACCGGCGCUAAGAAGGUCAAACAAGGCACUUCUGUAGGUCUUCGUUGGAUUAAAGACAAGUAUCAUAAAACCACACAAAAACACUGAUUCCUUCCUUUUUGCUUUUCUAUUCCUAUGUUCACCAUUUUUAUAUCUUUAUUUUAUGUAUUAUAUUCUGGCU